AUGACCAAGGUACCAGCCACCAAGAAGAUGCAGAGUUCCCCCAACUCGAGGGCCCUCUGUUCCUUUUAUGCCUCAGAACUUCUAACACAGGUCCCAGAGACGCCAAUGAAGAGCAUCAAGUACAUGGACAAGGAAAUAAUAAACCUCAAAAAGGACCUCACACGAAGCCGUUUUUUGAUUCAGUCCGUGAAGAUAGGCCGGGGAUAUUUCACCAUUCUGAGGGAGGAGAGUGCAUUGAAAAAGAAGCAGCAACAGCUUCAAAAACUGAAAGAGGAAGAAAGACAUAAAUUUCAACCGGCCAAAAAGAUGUCGGAAAUCCAGUACCGGGAUAUCCUUUUGUCCACAUACAAUGAGGAGAAGAUUAAGAAGAUGAGGGCUGGAGUCAUAUUUCGCCCAUUCACCCCCAUCCACAGCUGCAUCAUUUCGCCCUCGCUACCUGAGGCUCACGUGGAACCCCUCUUCCGCCAGCUCUGUGCCCUCCACUGGCUUCUGGAGGCCCUGACUAUCGACCACACCCACCACACCAUGAAGCCCUUGAUCACCUGCUGGAAUCCAAAGGACCCAGGUGGAAGCAAGAGCACGAUAAAAAAAAUCAAUAAGGACAAGUCCAUGGGACAGAGGUGGGAACAAUUCGUCACAGGGCCAAAGAGUAAAAAAUUCAAAAUUCCUGCACCACGUGCCACGAGCCGCAAACCAAGCCGGCGAGGCUCCACACUCAGUCUGUCUCGGACUAGUGGGGGCUCCUCUCCCCAGAGCAGCAUGCUCUCCAUGAACCCUGGCUCAGAUGAGCCCCCAAGUGUGAUCAACCAGGCAACGGGCAGCAAGGACAUCGAGGACAAUGAAUCGUCUUCAACCAAGCCAGACGAAGAACCUCUCCAUGUCAAUCUGCAGAAGCUCCUGGAGAUGGUUUGGGAAGAAGCCCGGAGGACAAUUAUGAUGGAUAACGAGAUGCAAAAAAAGGCGCCCAGUUUCUUGUCAAUGAUCAAACAAAUCAAGAGUGAUUCUGCCUAUAAAGACAUGCAAACCACCCACAAAUCAAGCGACAGAUCCAGCAGUACAAGUGGAGAAAGCCACAGCCAACCAAUCCAGAAGAAGUUUAAAAGCCGCACCAACCGUGACAUCAUCCACUCCAAGAGUGGGGUGUGUAACGCCAUGAGGGCCAAGUUUUACAGUGUGGCCCAGGAGGCCGGCUUCUGUCUGCAGGACAAGAUGGAAAUCCUCAUGAAGCGCCAAGAAGAGAGAGGUCUCCAGAAGUUCCAUUCUUUUGUCCUCGUCUCCAAUUUUCAAAAGGAUAUAGCAAAAAUGAGACGCCAAAUCUCCACCGUAAAAGGAGAUGCAGAAGAAAUUGCAGACCACUGGUACUUUGAUCUGCUGUCCAAACUCCCUGAAGAUCUGAAGAAUUUCCGUCCCGCCAAAAAGAUCCUGGCAAAACUGCAGAAGUUUGGGGAAAACCUGGACUUGAGGAUCAGGCCCCACGUCCUCCUCAAGGUGCUACAGGAUCUGAGAAUCUGGGAACUGUGCUCUCCAGACAUUGCCGUGGCGAUCGAGUUUGUGCGAGAACACAUUGUCCAUAUGCCUCAAGAGGAUUAUAUCAGUUGGCUGCAGAACCGGAUCAGCAUCCCCAUCCGGCCCUACAGUGCUCAGACGUAG